AUGGUGCACUCAGCCCGGGGCAGCAGGGGGGCUGGAGCCGGGCUGGAGCCGGGCUGGAGCCGCUCUCAGCCGCAGAUUAGGCUCGGUCUGCUGUGCCUUCUAUCGGUGCAUUCUCACGGAGGUCCGGGCUCUGGGUCCGGGCUCUGGGUCCGGGCUCUGAGGCUCUGGGUCCGGGUAACCCUGAGUCCAGUCCUGCAGACCCCGAGUCCAGUCCUACAGACCCCGAGUCCAGUCCUACAGACCCGAGUCCAGUCCUGCAGACCCGAGUCCAGUCCUACAGACCCCGAGUCCAGUCCUGCAGACCCCGAGUCCAGUCCUACAGACCCCGAGUCCAGUCCUGCAGACCCGAGUCCAGUCCUACAGACCCGAGUCCAGUCCUGCAGACCCGAGUCCAGUCCUGCAGACCCCGAGUCCAGUCCUGCAGACCCGAGUCCAGUCCUGCAGACCCCGAGUCCAGUCCUACAGACCCCGAGUCCAGUCCUACAGACCCCGAGUCCAGUCCUACAGACCCGAGUCCAGUCCUGCAGACCCGAGUCCAGUCCUACAGACCCCGAGUCCAGUCCUGCAGACCCCGAGUCCAGUCCUGCAGACCCGAGUCCAGUCCUGCAGACCCCGAGUCCAGUCCUGCAGACCCGAGUCCAGUCCUGCAGACCCCGAGUCCAGUCCUGCAGACCCCGAGUCCAGUCCUACAGCCCCCGAGUCCAGUCCUGCAGACCCCGAGUCCAGUCCUACAGACCCCGAGUCAAGUCCUGCAGACCCGAGUCCAGUCCUACAGACCCCGAGUCCAGUCCUACAGACCCCGAGUCCAGUCCUGCAGACCCGAGUCCAGUCCUGCAGACCCCGAGUCCAGUCCUGCAGACCCGAGUCCAGUCCUACAGACCCGAGUCCAGUCCUGCAGACCCGAGUCCAGUCCUACAGACCCCGAGUCCAGUCCUGCAGACCCCGAGUCCAGUCCUGCAGACCCCGAGUCCAGUCCUACAGACCCCGAGUCCAGUCCUGCAGACCCGAGUCCAGUCCUACAGACCCGAGUCCAGUCCUACAGGAGGUUCUGACGUCUCUGGGUUUUGA